AUGGAGCUCACCAUGGAGAACAUUCACAGCGUCUCCGCGCACUCCCAGGCGGGGGACCUUAUGAGCUCUCCGCACACGCGACCGUCUCCGUCCCCCUGCUCCACUCCACGGAAUCUGGUCUCGCACGCCCACGGCGCACGGUCGGCGAUGGUCACCGGCAUGGCCUCGCUCCUGGAGGGCUCCGGCGGGGACUACCGGACUGACCCGUCUGCGCUCUCCGGCCACCUGCAUCCGUCCAUCAGCAUGUGCGAGACCGGCAUGAGCCUUAGCAACACGUACACCACCCUGACGCCCCUGCAGCAUCUACCUCCGAUAUCCACCGUCUCGGAUAAGUUCCACCACCCGCACUCACACCACCAUGCUGCUGCUCACCAGCGACUCUCCGCCGGGAACGUCAGCGGCAGCUUCACGUUGAUGCGGGAGGACCACCGGGGGCUCGCCUCCAUGGGCAAUCUGUACAGCCACUACCCCAAAGAAAUGUCCGUGUCCGGGAUGGGCCACGGCUCGCUCUCCCCUCUGUCGAGCGGCCUGGGCUCUUUGCACAACUCUCAGCAGCCGCUUUCAGCGUACGGCCCGAGCGCGCACCUCUCCACCGACGCCAAGAUGAUCUCCCCGGUGUCAGGGUUUGAGUCUCACGCCUCCAUGCUGUCCCGAAGUGACCAAGAGCACCUGGCAAGGAGCUUAGGGGGUCACGGCCACGGCAUGAUCUCCAACCUGAACGGCAUGCACCACCACCCGCACAGUCACCUCCACUCCCAGGCGAACGGCGCGGUGAUGCUCGGGGACCGGGAGAGGCACGGCCACGGGGCCGGGCAGGGGGUCGCGGGGUCGAACAUCCAGGCGGAGGAGAUCAACACAAAGGAAGUGGCUCAGAGGAUAACGGCCGAGUUAAAGCGGUACUCCAUCCCGCAGGCCAUAUUCGCCCAGAGGAUCCUGAGCCGGUCGCAGGGAACCCUCUCAGACCUGCUACGGAACCCCAAACCCUGGAGUAAGCUCAAGUCGGGCCGGGAGACCUUCAGGAGGAUGUGGAAGUGGCUGCAGGAGCCCGAGUUUCAGCGGAUGUCCGCUCUCCGGCUGGCCGCAUGUAAACGCAAGGAGGAGGACCGAGGGCGAGAGCGUAACCAGGUGCCAAAGAAGCAGCGACUGGUCUUCACCGACCUGCAGCGACGCACCUUGGUAGCCAUCUUCAGAGAGAACCGCCGGCCCUCCAAAGAGAUGCAGAUCACCAUCUCCCAGCAGCUGGGCCUGGAGCUCUCCACCGUCUCCAACUUCUUCAUGAACUCACGCCGCCGCUCCACGGACCGCUGGGACACAGCAGAGGAGCACGGCCACGGGCUGCACGGCCACAUGCACACUCCUCACGGAAACAGCAGCAGCAACAAUGCCUCACAAAUCCAACCUGGUACCUCCUCUGCCAACACGUUUUCCAAGGCCUGACGGUGGCAGGGCACAUGUUGAACAGAUGCAUGGAGGUUGAAGGAGGGAGGGGGGGGGGGUGGUGUUUAUCAUUAAAGCGGUGGGCCCCUACUCUGAUCCUGCUGAGCUCUAGGGUGUGUAGCCUCUCAUCACUCAUCUGAUUCAUCUGCUCAAAGUGCUGAGGACUUGUGCAGAUGAAUCAGAUUCUCAAAGCUCCCUGUGUUUUCUAUGAAUCUGAAUGCUACUCUUGGGGGCUGACAUGCAUUUCAAAUCGUGACUCUUCAAACCAAUGACCCAGUAGCUGUAGGGGAGUUUCCCUCACACGUGGCUCUUAAUAAAUAAAUCCACCGUAAAACCAAAGAAAAUUCAUCGACACCAAACCAUACCGUGGGUCCGCGUUUAAGCCUCGAAAUGGGAGGAGGGGUUCGCCUGUUGUCUGGGAUGUACACACACACACACACACACACACACACACACACACACACACCAAAGAAUCACUCAUGACAAGGAACCGAUAGCUUUAAGACGGAGAACCUGGAACAGCCACACGGCGCUCUUCACAAAUCAGCCAGAAAUCAGAGAGCACGUGAGUCUGCGGGCCCGUGAUCAACCACUCCUCAUUUCAGCAACACACACGGUGGCUGAUUGAGAGAUGCGUCUGAGUGUCAAUUAUCAGUGAAAUGCUCUCGGCAGGUCCUUUGGCCCUCUCAAGACAUACCAACUCGCAGCUCCGCGUCACCGCUUGCGCGCCGCGUGUGCGUCGUGCGCGUGCAAUGUGCGCAUCCCGCCUGUGAUCCAGGGGUGUAAUUCCUCUGCAGUGAUUCAAUGGUCCAUGUCAGAGUCACAGUGCCACCUGCUGUCAAUUUACACGACCUCUGCACAUGUUGAGAGCAUGUUGCUUUAGUUAUGACUCACGUCUCCAGCAGGCCUUCGACACACCAUAGCCUGCAGUGUAAGAUUUCUAUAAGGACACAGGUGCCAAUACUCUAUAUAAGCAUAAGUGUAGCCCCGGAAACGCCGAACACACAGAGACAAAAUGAUAAAACGUGAUAAAUCCACACAUCCUUUUAUACAUAUUUUGAAUGUUUGUUUCUUAAGACUUGUUGUAUGGCUACAUGGCCAUAGCCGGUGUGGCCACAUGAGAGGAUAUUUUCAGGUUAAGAGGAAAACAAUCAAACCGGGGCUCAGUCCCCACUUUCAAAGGUGUCGUCCCUGAGCGUAGAGUUUAAAGGGAGGGUGGUGGUGAUGAUGGUGGGGGGGUCUGCUCUGUUCUAGUGGCCAAACACAGAGGUCAAAUGUCACAAUAUAGGAUCCUGAGUGCCAAUGAUGUUUGCCUCUUUAUGAUAAUCAGAGAACAGGUGCAGCCUGCUCCUUCGCCAGGCGCCUCACUGCGUCUGGCCCGUGUCAUUACAACCUUCGAACUGCGAGCACUAUAGAGGCAUGUAGCCUAUUCCAUACCUCAGAAAAGAAAAACAUUGAUGCGGUUGACGUGAAACACAACGAAAAUGACUGUAAAUAAUCUUUAAGUUCAUCUCUCUGUCCUAUCUAUUCUCUAUUUAUAUACUCUCUUGCUAACCCCUCCUGUUGUGUGUUUUUUUUUCCCUUUUGUUUUCCCUCCUUACUAUUGAUGCGGGUAAUAUUAGUACCAUAGACACAUGGUUUCUCUCUCAUGACUAUUGUGCUAUGUUGUGCUGAAACUAUAUGUGAAGAAGCACCUUGUUAAAAAAGAUGUAAAAACGUAAAGAUUGAAAAAAAAGGACGAAGAAUCAACACGUCAUAGACUGAUCCUAUGCACAGACAAAGGAAGUGACAAACUGUGCAUAUCUGUUAAUACCUGUGUGAUGGAAUCGCUGGACUGUCUGGACAUGAAGGACCUCUUUCUUGAUCUCUGAACAUUGACCUCCUUUGAACCGGACUGUCACAUUCCUCUGCAGAUGGUGUUUUUGGUUACCAUGAGAACCGCCUCUUUUUUUGUGUGUGUGGGCAAAGCCACUUCUUGUGUAGCAUCUUGUAGCGGGAGAUAAUCAUAUUAGAGAGGAGAAGCAGACCGAAGGAAGAAGGGUGCAGCAGGAGGAGGCACGGAGCACCAGAGGCCUGUCAUCAGACUGGUAGGAAACAGCCAAGUGACAUUCCUCCACAGGUCGGGCUCUGGUCGUCAUGUAGUGCACUAUAACAAAUGGGAAAACCUUUGUUGGGGUUUAGUGCAGAUGUUUGAAGUUCAGACCCAGAACCAGAGAGUUAGCUACAGAAACAGUUUGUGUGUGUGAGUGUGAGUGUGUGGCACAGAAUAGAGUGGACUGUGUGACACAGCCAUCAAUACCAAAGAUACUUCAAGCCUGCCGAGUUCACACUGGACUUGGGACGUGCACACAAGCAAACACCACACGUAUGCAAACACACACAUGCAGAUUCGCCGACAGGUGCAGAUAUGCUUCUUCGUGCACAUAAACACUUCAGCAGAGCAGCCGUGCUUGCAUGGCAAACACACACACAGAGGUGUUUGUUAUGUGGGAAGAGUUGAGUGCCUUUUUCCUUCAACCAGGGGUUGGACUGCUCUGAACACACACGUACACACACACACACACACACACACACACACACACACACGCUAACACACACACACACACACACACACACAAUCACACACGGUGUUCAAAGUGAAGGGGGGCACACACUGGGUGAAGGGGGAGCAACACUGGAGGGGUCCUCAUGACAUUAAAAAGCCACUUUUGUUCUGAGAGCACUUUUUUUUCACGCAAUGAGGGGGAAAAGAUUGUUUACGACCACAAGAUGUUGUGUGUGGUUUUACAUGCUGGUAAGAUGUCAUCUCACUGAGUCCCCCUCCAUGAUACACACAUGCACACACUCUCCCGCCAGAGAUAUUUUUGUGUAAUUUAUAAUCGGAGUGUAGGUGUGUGUGUGUGUAUCUGGCUGGUUUACAAAUCCCUCUGAUCCUGCUCGUUCAUUGAGUCACAUCUGUAGGCGUAACCUGUCUCAACAAUCAACCAAUUUCAGAAAUUCUCUCAUCUCAUAAAAACACAUGAUGCCCACCGGUGACCCCCAUCCAUCCAAAAACCUCUUCGUUGGUCCCUCUGUCCAGGGUAUCGUCGCAACGAGGCAGGCAUGUGUAGACAAUUCAUCUCGAUAUACCUCAAAUCUUUAUUGUAAAGGUUAUGUAGUGAAACAAUAAUGACAAUGUUUAGCAAUGAGAGUGACAUUAAAGUCACGGCAAAAUGAUUGUUCUGUUUUGUAUUUCUUAAAAGGAGAGUGUGAAGUGUAACCUGUUUUAUGGUUUAACUUUUUUUUUUAGUUAUUGUUUGUAGGUUUGCACGUUGUCCUUUUUGCGCUUAAGAGACUAAAGGAGGAGGAAGAAAUGGGGAGGAAGAGUUUGGGUUAUGAAUGAUCAUACUAUGUGACAAAGAAAAUACAAAAAAGAAAAUAUGAUGUGGUAACUGAGACAACUGUUAAAUGAGACACCAAGGACACACUACGUUCUGAUUUGGCUUUUUUUAUUUGGCUUAUUUUGUGUUUGAAAUUUGUGUCUCCUAUGUGUGUUAAAGUAAUUCCCACAUUAAAAAAAGAGAUCCAACCAAAGCACCUCUGUUAUUAGAGGUGUGACAAGCAAUUCUUUUAUGCAUGGAUACUAUAUAAGUGUAUAUAAACUGCAGGAUGAACUAUACCUCUACAGGUGAAGGAGAGGGGGAGAAACAGGGAACAAAACCCUGACUGGUUAUGGUUUCCAAAUGAUCUUUACAUUCUUUUUUAGCUCUGUCUUUUAUGUGCUGUUUGUGCAUUUGUAUAAAAAAGUGUAUUUGUACGUGUAUCAGCUUCAUCACUGUGUCUCUCUCCCCCUGUUGUAAACCCGCCCUUUGUGUGGAGACGGUCUCCACACUUCCAUGUCUGUAUCUGUACUUACCCCUUGUUUCAUCAUGUACGUGCGAGUGUGAGUUUGUGUGCCAGUUUCUCCGUUUUGUUCCCGUGUUUCAGCUCUAAACUGAAUUCAAUCGGCCCGGCUGUUUGUCUGCUUUAGGAGCCUAAACAAACAGACAGCCGGGCGGCUGAAAUACGGUUUCUUCCAGUGCAUCAAAAUGGCAUCAUUUGCUUUUUUCCUUCAAACAGACCUCAGAGCUCUGGAAGCCCCCAGUGUCGAUGUUCUCUUCCUCUUCCCCUUACCAAUCAAUCAAUCAGUACCAAGUGUCUUUGUGAUGGUAGAAGACAAUCAAUUUCAAAUAGAGCUGAGAGAAAAAAAAAGAAGGAGGGAGAGAGAAAGAGCGAUAGAGGAGGGCAGAACCUGACUGGACAGGAGAGAUGGAAAGAAAGGACGAAGGAUUGCUCUCAGAGAGAUCGGUGUGUGUGUGUGUGUGUGUGUGUGUGUGUGUGUGUGUGUACAUGUGUGGUCACCUUUGACCUCUGCAGAGUGACCUUUACAGUGGGGGCCAAUGCACCCAGGACCCCCCCCUGCCUACGAGGGAGGUGGUGGUGGGGGAUCUGACUUGUUAAGCCGACGUCUAAUCGAAGAUGUUGAUCAAAUGCCUGCACACACACAACACAACACAACACAACACAACACAACACAACGCAACACAACACAACACACACACACAGACACACAGACACACAGACACACACACGCACGCAGAGAUAGAGCCUUUCUUCUGAUGUUCAUCUCCCAGAGAUACAGUGAAUCUGUCAGCUCUGCCUUCAGCCUGUGGAGGUUGAAUCAAGUAAUGGAACAAUUAAUACACCAAGUGAAAACCAGUAUGGGUAAAUUGUGUGUUUUGGCUAAAACAAAUAAAAAAACAAGCAAUUGGCUUUAUGGCGUUUCCUUUUCUGUGUGAUGGUUUCUUACUGUGGUUCUCUGUUGCCA